AUGUGUAAACUGUAUCCUUCUCUUUACAGUGACUAUUUAUUCAAAUUGCUUCUGAUUGGAGACUCCGGUGUGGGGAAAUCUUGCCUUUUGCUUAGGUUUGCUGAUGAUACUUAUACAGAAAGUUAUAUCAGUACAAUUGGUGUGGAUUUUAAAAUCAGGACUAUAGAAUUAGACGGGAAAACAAUUAAACUUCAGAUAUGGGAUACAGCUGGUCAAGAAAGAUUUCGAACUAUCACAUCCAGUUACUACAGAGGCGCUCACGGAAUCAUCGUUGUGUAUGACGUUACAGAUCAGGAAUCAUUCAACAAUGUAAAGCAGUGGCUUCAGGAGAUAGACCGUUAUGCCAGUGAAAAUGUUAACAAGUUGUUGGUAGGGAACAAAUGUGAUCUAACUACAAAGAAGGUAGUGGACUACACAACAGCAAAGGAAUUUGCAGACUCUCUGGGAAUUCCAUUCUUGGAAACAAGUGCAAAGAACGCGACGAACGUAGAGCAGGCCUUUAUGACAAUGGCUGCCGAGAUCAAAAAGCGAAUGGGUCCUGGAGCUACAGCUGGCGGCGCAGAGAAGUCCAACGUCAAAAUCCAGAGCACUCCAGUCAAGCAGUCCAGCGGAGGUUGCUGCUAA